AUGUCAACUUUACCUCCAUUGUCAUUAUUAGCAUUGAAUGUGAAGAAUCUGUUUGAUGAUGGCAGGUUCAAAGAAGCCUUAGAAUGGUUACCGAUCAGUGAGCAUGCACAUGUGAAUCGGUUCAGAUUUGAUGCAGACAAACACCGUGCUUUAGGUAGCUUAUUGCUUCGACGUUACUUCUUUUCCAAGUUUCUCGGCGUACCCUGGAAGGAGCUAUGUUUUGAUCGUCGUCCAGGAAGUAAACCUACGUUGAAAAUAGGAAAUGACACUUGGGUAGAUUACAAUACAUCGCAUGAGGGAGAGUGGGUGGUGUUUGUGGCUACCAGUAGACCGGGUCUGGUAGUCGGUAUCGAUUGCGUUCGGAUCGAUAUUCCGCUACAUACAGACAUUCCUCAAUUUUUGAGAUCUUUUCAAUCGCAGCUUUCAACCGAGGAAAUUGAAUGGAUAUUUUAUACCAAUGAGGAGAACAAUAUGCUAAAGAGAUUCUAUGAGUUAUGGGGGUGUAAGGAGAGUUAUGUCAAGGCAAUUGGAGUAGGACUCCAACGGGACCUUGAUACAUUGAGUUUCAAAAACAAGACGGAGAAAGAGGCUUGGAUAGUCAUGCAAGAAGAUAAUUGGGGAUACCAUCUUUCAGACCUCGAUAAUGAUACAAUAGUUGUCGUGUGUUCAGGGUAUCCUGAUAAACGACCUCUAGAUCACGACAUUUUAGCCUUUUGUGCAACAACUCGACCAUUAGGAGCAACCUACCAUCAGCAAGCACCCUUUGAGUUGGUGCGAUGGGAGGCACUCUCAAACUAUCUUCAUUAA